UUCGAUGGCUGUUGCUAGCUUAAACAUGUCUCCAAUCUUCAGCGGAUACCCUUUCCAAGGUCAGGGACGUGUGAACCAACUCGGUGGUGUGUUUAUCAACGGACGGCCCUUGCCGAAUCACAUUAGACUUCGCAUUGUAGAAAUGGCGGCCUCCGGUGUAAGGCCCUGCGUCAUAUCGCGUCAAUUACGAGUAUCGCACGGUUGUGUGUCGAAAAUUUUGAACCGAUACCAAGAAACGGGCUCCAUUCGCCCGGGCGUUAUCGGAGGCUCCAAACCGCGCGUGUCAACCCCGGAAAUUGAAGCUCGCAUUGAGGAACUACGCAAAGCGAACCCUGGCAUCUUCAGCUGGGAAAUCCGAGACAAACUCAUUAAGGAUGGGCUCUGCGACAAAACGUCCGCACCGUCCGUCAGUUCCAUCAGCCGGCUGUUGCGCGGUGGUCGUCGUGAUGACCUAGACAUGCAUGGUAAUCAUUCUAUCAACGGCAUCCUGGGAGGAUCUUCGUGCGAUGAGGACAGCGAUACCGAAUCGGAGCCUGGAAUUACGCUGAAGCGCAAGCAACGCCGAUCCAGGACAACGUUCAACGGCGAACAGCUCGAGGCACUGGAAAUUGCAUUCAGCCGUACCCAGUACCCGGAUGUGUAUACACGCGAGGAGCUUGCCCAAAAGACGAAGCUAACCGAGGCACGCGUCCAGGUAUGGUUCUCGAACCGUCGUGCACGACUCCGCAAACACAUGAGCUCCCAGCAAAUGGUGGCUUUUGGUGCUUCGCAGUAUCCUUCACAGUUCGAGCAACAGGCCGCAGCUGUAGCCGCCGUCACUGCAUCGUCCGGAACUGGAUCCGGUUCACCGAUGGGAGCCGGCGCCUGGUCCCAAUGCUACUCCGCAUCCCCGAACCAAACUGCUUCGAUUCAUGCCCCGUCACAGUCUUCCUACAAUCCGCUAGCCCAUACCAUGAUCCAUCCCACCUCGGCUACCAUGAGCCCACCGGCUUCCAUGAGCCCCCCAAGCUCCAUCAGCCCUCCGGUGUCACAUGCCGGAGCACACUCGACCUCCGCCUCACCAAUUCCACAGACCUCGGUACCGAGUGGAAUAGCUCCAGUCGGCAGCGGCACACAGUCGGCGGCCGGAUACAACUACUUCUCCAUGUUGGAUAGCAACCCGCAGCAUGUCCAGCUGCAUCCACAUCACGCCCACGCAACCCAUCACCAUGCCGGUCAAAUUAGUGCCGCUCAAUCGUACGCAGCACCCAUCUACCCAUCUGCUCCGGCCGGUGCCAACAUGGACUCCAACACACAGUGGCAACGCAGUUCCGGCACCGCAUCGCACAAAUCUUCCACCAGCGAGUGGGACGCUUAUAGCUCAUUUUUCUCCAACAACAUGGGCCAUCAUCAUCAUGCGCACAGUCACCCACACUACUCGUCGGCAGCAGCAGCUGCAGCGGUGGCGGCCGAAGCAAAAUCAGGCUAUCCGUACUUCGGGCAGCUCGGGGGACUAGAAAUGAGCCGACUGCAUUGUUAG